UAUUGUAUUUUUAUUCUAGGGUUUGUUCGUCUCGCUUGGUUGAUCCGGUCGCAGGAACACCGCGUUGUUUUGAGAGUUUUCUGUGUGUCAAGGGGGGGAUUGGUUGGGUGGAUUCCAUGGCGGCAACAGGCGACACGGAGAUGGCCACGGUGGGCUCGGCUGGUGAGGGCUCCGGCGCCGGAGCAAGCUCCAGUGCGGUCUCGAAGCGUCCGAAGCGUUUCGAGAUCAAGAAGUGGAAUGCUGUGGCUCUUUGGGCAUGGGACAUUGUUGUAGAUAACUGCGCCAUCUGCCGCAACCAUAUCAUGGACCUGUGUAUUGAGUGCCAAGCAAAUCAAGCUAGUGCAACGAGCGAGGAGUGUACCGUAGCAUGGGGUGUUUGCAAUCACGCCUUUCACUUCCAUUGCAUCAGCAGAUGGUUGAAGACGCGGCAAGUGUGCCCAUUAGAUAAUAGCGAGUGGGAGUUUCAGAAGUAUGGACGCUGAGUGCCAGUGGAUUCAUUUCUGUAUAUGGUCGAGGACUAAUCAGCUCAGCGAAGACUGUCGUCUGGUCCUAUCGUUGACAUGUUUUCGGUGAUAUUAGUGCAUUUUGUAUGACUUACGUUCUAACUUUACGUGUGUGAGUAGUGGUUGUCAUCUAUGUGUUGUGUGCUGGAAUUCGACCUCGAAGCUUACUUUUAAUGAGGAACACUUUCAGUUACACUCAA